CAGUACUCUAAGACUGGUUUCUAAAGGUACGGUUUUCACCCCACUUCAUCAACGCACAUAAGUUUUCUCCUUUUUGGACCUCUAUUUUAUACCACAAUGCAACAAGCUUUAGAACUAGCUUUGGAUCGUGCGGAGUAUGUCAUUGAAAGUGCCCGACAGAGACCUCCUAAAAGGAAAUAUCUAUCCAGUGGAAGAAAAUCAAUAUUUCAAAAACUUUAUGACCUAUAUAUUGAAGAAUGCGAAAAAGAGCCUGAGGUUAAGAAAUUAAGAAGAAAUGUGAACUUGUUAGAGAAGCUUGUUAUGCAGGAGACAUUGUCAUGUUUAGUGGUCAACCUAUACCCAGGAAAUGAGGGAUAUUCUCUGAUGCUCAGGGGAAAAAAUGGAUCAGAUUCUGAGACCAUUCGACUGCCUUAUGAAGAAGGGGAAUUACUUGAAUACUUGGAUGCAGAAGAAUUACCUCCUAUUUUGGUUGAUCUCCUAGAAAAAUCUCAGGUUAAUAUUUUUCACUGUGGAUGUGUCAUAGCAGAAAUACGUGACUACAGGCAGUCCAGUAACAUGAAAUCUCCUGGUUACCAAAGUAGGCACAUUCUCUUACGUCCAACAAUGCAGACUUUAAUCUGUGAUGUACAUUCAAUAACAAGUGAUAACCAUAAAUGGACCCAGGAAGACAAACUUCUGCUUGAGAGCCAACUGAUUCUAGCUACAGCUGAACCACUGUGUCUUGAUCCUUCUAUAGCUGUAACCUGCACUGCAAACAGGCUGCUCUAUAACAAGCAAAAGAUGAACACGCGCCCAAUGAAACGGUGUUUCAAGAGAUACUCCAGGUCCUCUCUGAAUCGGCAGCAGGAUCUGUCUCAUUGUCCACCUCCUCCUCAGCUAAAAUUACUUGAUUUCUUACAAAAAAGAAAGGAAAGAAAAGCAGGUCAGCAUUAUGACCUCAAAAUUUCUAAAGCAGGAAACUGUGUGGAUAUGUGGAAACGGAGUCCCUGUAAUUUGGCCAUACCUUCUGAAGUGGAUGUGGAAAAAUAUGCCAAAGUGGAAAAAUCUAUCAAAUCUGAUGACUCACAACCAACAGUGUGGCCAGCCCAUGAUGUAAAAGAUGACUAUAUAUUUGAAUGUGAAGCUGGUAAUCCAUAUCAGAAAACAAAGCUGACCAUUUUGCAGUCACUUGGUGAUCCACUUUACUAUGGUAAAAUACAGCCAUGUAAAGAAGAUGAAGAGAGUGACAGUCAGAUGUCUCCAUCCCACUUCUCCACAGAUGAUCAUUCAAAUUGGUUCAUUAUUGGAUCAAAGACUGAUGCUGAGAGAGUAGUCAGUCAGUACCAGGAACUGGUCCAGAACGAAGCCAAGUGUCCAGUGAAGAUGUCGCAUAGCUCCAGUGGCUCAGCGAGCUUGAGUCAGCCUUCUCCAGGGAAGGAAACAGAACAGCCCGAGACCCUGUCAGUUCAGUCUUCAGUAUUGGGGAAGGGAGUAAAACAUCGACCUCCACCCAUCAAACUUCCCUCAAGCUCAGGAAAUAGUUCCUCAGGUAACUAUUUUACACCACAGCAGGUCAGCAGCUUUCUUAAAUCUCCAACUCCUCCUCCUGCUUCUAAGCCACCAAGUCUUUCUCGGAAGUCAUCCAUGGAUCUCAAUCAAGUUAGCAUGCUUUCUCCAGCUGCCCUGUCACCUGCCAGUUCAUCACAAAGAACCACGGCCACCCAAGUCAUGGCAAACUCUGCUGGACUUAACUUCAUCAAUGUAGUGGGCUCUGUUUGUGGAGCUCAAGCUUUGAUGAGUGGUUCAAACCCUAUGCUGGGCUGUAACUCUGGUGCCAUAACUCCUGCAGGAAUAAACUUGAGUGGCCUUCUACCCUCAGGAGGUCUGCUACCAAAUGCAUUGCCCAGUGCAAUGCAGGCAGCUUCUCAAGCAGGUGUUCCAUUUGGUUUAAAAAAUACUUCAAGUCUCAGGCCCUUAAACCUACUCCAGCUUCCAGGUGGCUCGCUCAUUUUUAACACACUGCAGCAGCAGCAGCAGCUUUCUCAGUUUACACCACAGCAACCUCAGCAACCCACAACUUCUGUUCCUCAACAGCCAGGGGAGCAGGCUUCUGAACAAAGUUGUACCAGUCAAGAACGGGCCUUAUCUGCUCAGCACACUGCAGUUAUUAACCUUGCUGGAGUAGGAAGUUAUAUGCAGUCACAGGCAGCUGUGUUGUCUCAGCUUGGCUCUGCCGAGAACAGACCUGAGCAAAGCCUUCCUCAGCAGAGAUUCCAGCUCUCCUCUGCCUUUCAACAGCAGCAGCAACAGAUCCAACAGUUGCGGUUCUUGCAGCAUCAAAUGGCUAUGGCGGCAGCAGCAGCAGCACAGACAGCUCAGCUACAUCGUCAUCGGCAUACAGGCAGCCAGUCAAAAAGUAAAAUGAAGAGAGGCACGCCAACCACUCCAAAAUUCUGAGGCUUGCAUUUUUUUUUUUUUCAAAACGUAAGAGCAUUGAAUCAAAAGGAUUCUGAGUUUCUACUUCGUUUUUGUUUUUUAACGUGUCAGUAUUUUACAUUGCUAGAUAUACAAACUUUAUACAGAAGCACAACCCUAUGAUUUUUAAAUGAAAACAGGGAAAUGGUUUAACGAACCAUUAGGGUGGGUUUGCCUAAGUCAUUGCUUUUUAAAAAUGGUUUCACUGUACAUAAUACAGAAGUGACCUAAGAAAUACUAGAAACAUCUUUCAGAAGAAUGUAGUUUGAUAUUUAUUUAGUAUAAAAGGUUUGUGCACAGUGUAACAAAUACAGUUUUUACAAAUCUGUU